CUACAACACUUGCACUUGCAUCCUAUCGCUCACAAAGAGCUAGAGAUACCAGCAGGCAGCAGUAAAGAUCAUAUAUAUAUAUAUCCAAGUACAUACCGGCCAGAUCGAUCGAUAUCUCACCGUGAAUUGGUAGAGAUCUCGCCAGCAGUAAAGAUCAGUUGAUAUAUAUUACUAGUUGUUUACAGGUGGUUGCUAGCGCGCUAGGGCACCAUGAUUCCGGGCUCGGCCGUGUACCACGUCGUGGAGGCGAUGGCGCCGCUGUACACAGCGGCGGUGCUGGGCUACGCAUCCGUGCGGUGGCUCAAGGCAUUCUCCGACGAGCAGUGCGCGGGCAUCAACCACUUCGUCGCGCUCUACGCCGUGCCCGUCCUCAUCUUCCACAUGGUCUCCACCAACAACCCCUACCACAUGAACGAGCGCCUCAUCGCCGCCGACACGUUGCAGAAGGUGGUCAUCCUGCUCGUACUCAUGGCGUGGGGGCUCUGGAACCACUUCCGCAGCCGACGCAGCGGAGGCGACGGGAAGGCGGCGGCGCGGGCGUCGCCGCUCAAGUGGGUGGUGACCACCUUCUCAAUGGCGACGCUGCCCAACACCAUCAUCAUGGGUGUGCCGCUCCUCGACGGCAUGUACGGGGAUGUCUCCGGUGGACUCAUGAAGCAGAUCGUAGUCUUGCAGUUCUGCAUCUGGUACAACGUCGUAAUCUUCCUCUACGAGUUCAUGGCGGCGCGGGAUGGCAGCGCCAAGAUCAGCCCCGAAUCGCCUUUGGCGACGGAGGCAACGGUGUCCGAGAACUGCGCGAGUCAUCAUGAGGUGGCCGUUAACAUUGAGAUCACUGAGGUGGCGGCGGCUGCAUCGUCCACGCCACGAGAUCGUAGCGUCGCCGACGGGACGAUGUCAGUCGCGAAGGAGCUGAGUGGAAGUGUUACGACGGAGGAGGUGAUGGAUGCCCCCCUGCCAACGACGGCUCAGCAGGUGCCGUCGGUGAUGCACGUCGUAUGGAUGGCGGGGAAGAAGCUUCUCAAGAUUCCGAAUACCUAUGCGAGCUUCCUUGGACUCAUCUGGUCUCUCGUGGCAUUCAAGGCUGGAAUCAAGAUGCCAAAAAUUGUCGACGAUUCUCUGUUCACCAUAUACACAACAGCAGUUGGGCUAAGCAUGUUCGCUUCAGGUACGUUCAUAGCGCGGCAGUCACGGUUCGUGCCAUGCGGGUACACGAUCGCGUCGCUCUCCAUGGUGGUCAAGUUCCUGAUAGGCCCGGUGAUCAUGCUGCUCGCCUCGCUCACCAUCGGACUGCACGGCACGCUUUUGCGCAUUGCAGUUGUACAAGCGGCUCUCCCCCUGGCCGUAACUUCCUUUGUGUACGCUGAAGAGUACAAGGUCCACGCCGACAUCAUGAGCACUGGGGUGAUUCUUGGGAUAUUUAUAUCGCUGCCUGUCACAAUUGUUUACUAUAUUUUGAUGGGGCUGUGAUGGUGGUUCUACUAGAUUAAGCAAAAGGCUUCAAUUGCAUGUGCAAAAAUAGCUGUUAGUAGAAGAUAGCAAGCACUCAGUAAUUGAAGAUGACAACUGAACAGCUCGAUCAGAAAAAAGAUGCGCAACCGCGCAAGAAAAAUGUGACCCAUGCUGUCAAAUAAUAAUAAUAAUAAUCACUACUACAUGUACGUAGAUGAUAGAUUACGUAUAUACUGUAUUUGUCAAAACUUUUGAAUGUACAUCAAUCAGAAGGGCUAACAGUUUGCUACCCUUGUUUAUGAACUUUC